GGGCUUUCCGUGGCCGGCGUCGCCAUGGAGCCUGAUCGCCGAUGUGGGGCCGCGGCCUGAGGGAGCUGGUGCCGGGCCGGAGGCUCGGCCUGAGGCUGGGCCGCAGCCUGGAGCUGGGGCUGGGGCUGGGCCGCAGCCUGGGGUCGGUGCGGGGCCUCGGCCGGAGCCGCAGCCGCAGCCUGGUCCCCGGCUACACUCUCAGCGCCACGCACCGCGCCGUCGGCAGCACCGUCAGACCCCCGGACACGUCGCUCUUCGUGCCGCUGACGGCCCGGGUCAGGCCGGUGCCCGAGGGAAACGUGGGCGCCGAGCUGAGCCAGAGCCUGAAUAAGAAUGAUGCGCUCAAGAUCUUGAAUAAAUUUUAUAAAAGAAAAGAGAUGCAGAGACUGGGAAGUGAGAGUGGCCUGGAUGCUCGCCUUUUCCACCAGGCCUUCAUUAGUUUUCGGAAGUACGUGAUGGAAGUUGAUUCCCUUAGUGUGGAUCUACACAUUAUCCUCAAUGAUAUUUGCUGUGGUGCAGGUCACGUCGACGACCUCUUUCCAUAUUUCAUGAGACAUGCCAAACAGAUUUUCCCCAUGUUGGACUGCAUGGAGGAUUUGCGGAAGAUAAGUGAUCUAAGAUUGCCGGCCAACUGGUAUCCAGACGCCAGAGCAAUUCAGAGAAAGAUCAUUUUUCACGCUGGCCCGACGAACAGUGGAAAAACGCACAAGGCCAUUCAGAGCUUCUUAGCGGCCAAGUCAGGAGUCUAUUGUGGUCCUCUGAAACUACUCGCUCACGAGAUCUAUCGAAAGAGUAAUGAUGCUGGCGUGCCGUGCGACUUGGUGACUGGGGAAGAGCGUACCUUCGUUGCUGCAGACGGAAGGCAGUCGACCCAUGUCGCCUGCACCAUUGAAAUGUCCAGCGUAACGACACCGUAUGAAAUUGCUGUCAUCGAUGAAAUCCAAAUGAUUCGUGAUCCUUCCAGAGGAUGGGCUUGGACCAGGGCACUAUUAGGUCUUUGUGCCGAAGAAAUCCAUAUCUGCGGAGAAGCUGCAGCCAUUAACUUUGUGACGGAGCUGAUGUACGACACAGGAGAGGAGGUGGAGGUUGAGAUGUACGAGCGGCUGACUCCUUUGACUGUUUUGGACUCGGCACUGGAGACUCUUGACAACCUGCGUCCUGGUGACUGUAUCGUGUGCUUCAGUAAAAACGACAUCUACUCUCUGAGCCGUCAGAUAGAAGCUCGUGGACUGGAAUGUGCGGUGAUAUACGGCAGUCUCCCACCAGGAACAAAAUUGGCUCAAGCAAAGAAAUUUAAUGACCCAGACGAUCCCUGUAAGAUCAUGGUUGCCACCGAUGCCAUUGGGAUGGGCUUGAACUUGAGUAUAAAAAGGAUCAUUUUCAAUUCGCUGAUGAAGCCGAGCGUGAACGAGAAGGGAGAGAAGGAGAUGGACAGGAUCACCACUUCCCAGGCCCUGCAGAUCUCGGGCCGAGCGGGCAGGUUUUCCACAGCGUUCAAGGAAGGAGAGGUCACCACAAUGAAUCGAGCGGACCUCCCUGUACUCCAGGAGAUAUUGAGUCACCCCAUCGAUCCCAUUGAGGUGGCUGGAUUACACCCGACUGCUGACCAGAUCGAGAUGUUUGCCUAUCAGCUGCCAGAGGCCACACUAUCAAACCUGCUUGAUAUAUUUGUCAGCCUGUCGCAGGUGGACGGCCUCUAUUUUGUGUGCAAUAUCGAUGAUUUCAAGUUCCUGGCCGAUAUGAUUCAACACAUUCCACUGAAUCUCCGCGCGCGAUACGUCUUCUGUACUGCGCCAAUCAACAAGAAGCAGCCCUUUGUCUGCACUUCUUUCCUGAAGUUUGCCCGACAGUUCAGCCGGAACGAGCCGCUGACGUUUGACUGGUUGUGUCGACACGUCAGCUGGCCAUUGAUGGCGCCGCAAAACAUCAAAGACCUUGUACAUCUAGAAGCUGUGCACGACGUCUUGGAUCUCUACCUGUGGUUAAGCUACCGGUUCAUGGAUAUGUUCCCGGACGUGAGCCUUGUGCGGGACAUUCAGACGGAGCUGGACAGCACGAUACAGGUCGGGGUGAAGAACAUCACCCGCCUGAUCCGCGCUUCGGACUCGGCUGCCGUGGCGGCCGGCCCACGGCCCGGCGACGCGCCGAACCACGGUGGCGGGCGGAGGAAGAACAAGAUCAACAUGGAGAGCGUCAACACGUCCCCCCGGCGGCCGCGAGGGUCCAAGGCGCUGGGCUACAAGCCGGCGACGUCUGGAGCAGACGCAGACGCAGACGCAGACGCAGCCGAAGCAGCUGCCGAUUCCCUGAGCACCAGGCUGGUCCAAGAAGGGCAUCUAACGGCUGAAUUACUGCAGCAGCUUCAGGAGGAAUGGUCAGCGAGGCAGGCGCACCGUCGAGAUCCUGCUGCUCAACCUCUGAGCAAAACAACGGCCAAAGGUUCGAGGAAGAAGAAAUGAAUUCAGUGUAUUUAUUUGACUGACGUUUCUCUUUCCAGAGUCGAACAAUAAAGUGAUUUGGGCCUGUGUAUAAAGUGCCGGGAUUUUCAGCACAAAAAUCAUGGUAAAUAAAAAAAAAACGGAAAUUCAAUAAAUAUUAUUUUCUACACAA